AUGCUUGGAGCAUUCAUAACUGACGCGCACCACCGACUUCGUAAAUUCACAGAACAGAAAGAACAACACAGGCAAUUUUGCAUUGACCGACUUCCUCCCCAGGUAUUUGAAACCCUACAGGAAACCAUCACACAUGUCUCGGAACUAGAGCGUCUUAAAAAGAAGAAUGUUUUUGACAAAAAAUGGAUGGCCAUUUCUAGAAAAGGUUACAAUGACUCUUCAUCCUCAAAGAAAGUUAUAAACUUAUCAUCACGAAUACUGACGACAGCCGAAGAGAACGUGCUGAGCAAAGGAAUGAAGUACAAUCCAUCUGACUCCAACUACUUGAACUUCCUUGCCAGCUUCGAAUCCAUUAUAACUUCGGCAGGUCUUACAGAGGAAGAACAAUUUACAAUUCGCAACAGUACGGUACAGGCCUUGAAGAACAGAAACAAGUUCUCAACUUUGUCUGGCGAUGAAAAGAAAGCACUAAAUUCACUUAAAACUGAUGAAAACAUCAUCAUUCUGCCCGCUGACAAAGGAGGCUCCACCACCAUAAUGAACAAGACGGAUUACACAGAGAAGAUGAUGACACUAUUAAAAGACGAAUCCACCUACGAACCCCUAGAUGCUGACCCCACAAAAUCGCAGAAUUCAUGCAUCGAGAAAACACUAAAGCGCCUUACAGGAAAGAAAUUAAUCUCAGGAGUUCUGGCUAAAUCCUCAAAACAAGACGAACCCACAAUUGCCAAAAUAUAUGGACUUCCUAAAGUUCACAAAGUAGGUAUUCCACUGCGACCGAUAGUCUCCUUAAUCGGUGCACCAAACUACAAGAUUUCUAAGUGGUUAUUUCACCAUCUGCAUCCACUUACAAAGGACUCUGAGAACUCCAUUGAAGAUUCGAAUCAGUUCCUAGACAAAUUAAAAGGAGCGACUGUUGCUGCCGACGAGAUAAUGGUUUCAUUCGAUGUAGUCUCCCUCUUCACCUCGAUUCCAUUGGAUUUAGCGAGACACUGCACCGAAGAACUCCUUCAGACUUACACCACUGAUGUGCCUGCCGACGCUCUACUCCAACUACUUGAUGUUUGUCUAGAAACCAACUUUUCUUUCGCCAAACAAUGUUAUCGGCAACUAAAAGGCGCUCCUAUGGGUUCGCCUAUAUCUGGCUUUCUAGCAGAAGCCAUAAUGCAGAAACUGGAGUCUAUAGCCCUUCCAAAAAUUAAUCCAAAACUCUGGCUACGCUAUGUUGAUGACACAUUUGUCAUUGUCAAGAGACACCAAUUAGACCAACUUCACAUGAAUCUUAACUCCACAUUUCCAGGAAUUGAGUUCACAUUUGAAACAGAGGUUGACGGACAGCUCCCAUUUCUAGAUGUCCUCGUAUGCCGAAAAACUGAUGGAUCCCUUCAGACUUCAGUUUAUCGCAAAGAAGCAUACUCCGAGGUCAUCCUACACUUUGAGAGUAACCACCCCAUCACUCACAAGAGGAGUACUGUCUACAGCCUACUAAACCGAGCUAAAACACACUGCUCUGAUGAAGAAAGUUAUCAAGCAGAAGUGAAAUACCUUUUCAAAUUAUUUUCCCACAACGGCUACCCGCGCCACUUUGUGCAUCAUUGCAUGAAACAUGAGUUUAAACAGAAAGGUAUUUCGAAAACAGCGGCCACCCAAGCACCAAAAACUUUCACCUGGCGGACCCUCCCAUACAUCAAAAAUGUAUCUGAACUUGUCGAAAGACAACUGAAAAAGCAUCAGAUACACGUAGCACACCAACCUACAACCACCUUGCGCACACAGCUUGUACACCCUAAGGACAGGGUUGGCUAUCUUGAUAGGAAAGGUGUUGUCUACAAGAUACCAUGUUCCAGUUGUGAUGCCGUGUAUUGUGGCCAAACUGGGAAAUCCGCCUCUACCCGCUUACAUGAGCAUCAGUUAGCGGUGAGGAGACGAGAUCAUUUAUCCCAGGUGGCUAUGCACACACUGGACACUGGACACAAAUUUGCAUGGGAGAACACCCGCAUUGUUGGCGCCUGCCCAAUAAGGAAAGGCCGCGAAUUCCUGGAAGCAAUGCACUCAGAUGAGGCAUGCAUCAAUCGGCAUAUCGAUUUAGAUGCCACAUACAAAUUUCUCAAGGACAAAUGGAAGCGAGCGCAGCCAAUGCCGAAGGGAUGA